GUUUCUAGGACACUGAACGUUGUGUAAAAUAGAAUCGUCAAUCAAUUCGAGAGGCUCGAUGGCGAAAUAUUACCGAUUACUAAGCGCGGAUUCUCAGAAAUUCUUUUAUUAAUGAACUCGAAAAUCGAGUAAAUCUCUUCCGUGCACUCUUUCGCAGCACUCUUACCCCCACGAACCAAUGAAACAGAUUCGACGAUCCGCAGGCGAGUAUCCAUUCCAACGGUACACUCGUUCUCCAACAGUCUGAACAAAGGCUAACCAUCAUGGAUCUUGGAGUAUUGCGACAGAUAUUUAUCGGGAUCAUUUGCAACCUUCUGAUCAUCGACAGCGGAUUGAACGAGGGAUGGAGCACUCUUAUUAUACCGAAAUUCGAGCAGGACGAUCCUUUGAGAGUGUCCAGCGACGAAACGGUAUGGAUAGUGAAUUUCUUGUACGUCGGUGUCGGUCUCGGCUCGGUGGUGCCGUUCCUUUUGAUGGACAGGAUCGGUCGCAAACGAACUCUGCUGUUCGCCACGAUACCAAAGAUUAUCAGCUGGAUUUUGAUCGGCUUGGCAAAUACUGUUCCUCAGCUCUACAUUGGCAGGAUACUGGCCGGCGUUGGAUGUGGAAUCACGUACGCCGUGAUGCCUAUGUACUUGGGCGAGGUUAGCAGCAAAACUACUCGCGGCCCGUUAGGUACACUGAUGGCGGUGCUUCUGAACAUGGGCAUGUUGCUAGCGUACGUGAUCAGCUUCUGGGCAUCUCGUUUCACCAUGUCGAUGAUCUGCGUGGUGAUACCCUCGUUGUUCCUCGUGACGUUCGUCUGGCUUCCGGAGAGCUCGGUGUUCCUCACGAAGAAGAACAAGCUAACGUCCGCCGAGAGGACGUUGAAGUGGGCGUUAGGGAAGGACGACGUCGUGGAGGAGCUCGAGGAGAUCAAACGGAUCGUCGCUACGGAGGACUACGGCAACGUGGACCGAACGCUGAGAAGAUCGUUGAAGGAGAUGUUCGCAAGGCGUGCGAAUCGCCGUGCAUUUCGCAUCGGGGCGAUCGUCUUGAGCGCGUUGACUCUAACAGGCGCGAUACCGUUGCUCGCUUAUCAGUCGUUCAUAUUCGAGGAGGCUGGUUUCGCGGUCUCGACGAACAUUAGCGUCCUGAUCACGGGGUUCGCCAUCGUGAUCGCUGGGAGCGUGUGCGUGAUGCUGGUGAGGAUCACCGGCAAGAGAUUACUGCUGUUGAUCUCGACGCCGGUUUGUGUGCUGUCGCUGGCGACGAUGGCGAUCUUCUUCGAGCUUCAGUCGAGUGGCCACGACGUCUCCAAGCUACGAUGGAUACCGAGCGUGUUCCUGGUGAUUUAUAUCCUCGGAUACGGGCUCGCGCUCAACCCGAUCCCGUUGGCCUACAUAGGCGAGAUCUUUCACGUCGACGUGAAGGUGCCCGCCGCGAUACUCUCCUCGCUCUAUUACGCCGUCUCCACCAUUGCCAUGGUAAAAUUCUAUCAGGUGCUUCAAGAAUCGUACGGAACGCACACGCCAAUAUGGGUAUUCACUGUGAUUACUUUCCUCAUAUGGUUGUUAAUUUAUCGAUACGUGCCGGAGACCGAAGGGAAGACCUUGGAGGAAAUACAAAUAGAAUUGUGA